AUGUCGACGGAUGCAAACGCGUCGAGGAGAAGUUUACCGGUUGCGCAGAUUAUAGAGCAGAACGCGGAGGAAGACUUGGCGAAUUUGUUUGCGCCGAUGGCGCCAAAAUCGAAAAAGACGAAAGCGAAGAAGAAAUUUUUAAGUAGCGGUCUUGGGGGGAAGGUUUCUUUGGCGAUGAAGGAGGAGGAGGUGAUAAGAGGAAUAGCGGCGACGACGAGUUCGUCGUCGUCGAAGAAAUCGAGCGCUCAGAUGCAAAGUCAGACGAAAAAAUCAGAGUACCAAGCGUUCGUGGACUAUUACUCCAUGGAGUACCAAGAGUACGAACAGAUGCCGGAUAAAGCGUUCGAGAAGUUGCGGAGGAACUUGUCGUUGGAACAGAAACAUCGGCCGAUGUUGACGUAUAUGGUUUCCCUUGGGUUUAAAGAAAAGGAUUUGGAAAAGUUGAUGUUACAAAGCGAAGAACAACUGUUCUCGAAACCAGUCUCGAAGAUUAUCUCUCGCGUGGAAUACUUGAAGUCAGAAUUAGGUUUAGAAGGGACGAGUUUAGUGAAGAUUGUGAGCAAAGACCCGCAGAUUUUGUUGCAAAGAAAUAGGCAUUCAAUCCCGAGGUGCAGAUAUUUAACGCAUUUGGGUUUGGAUACGCAGGAGUUGGCAUCGGUGCUUUCCAAGCAGCCUUCGAUUUUACACUUAUCCGUGCAAAACUCUCUGAAACCGAGAGUGGAUUAUUUCAGGCACGAGUUAGGGAUCGCGUCCGAAGAUUUGGCGAAAGUCAUCACGAGAAACCCGGCGGUGUUGACGUUCUCGGUGGAGGAUCAAAUCGCACCGAGAGUGGAAUUCUUGAAGGAUUUGGGGAUAUCGCACGAAAACGUCGCCAAGUUGAUUCUUCGCCACCCGCAAACGUUGCAAUAUUCCUUCGAUGGGAUUAAAGAGCACGUAAAUUUUCUCGCGAAAGAUUGUAAAAUGAACGACGAAGAAGUAGCGAAAACGAUUAGUCGCUUGAACACGUUCUUCUCGUUGUCUUUGGAAGAUAACUUGCGACCAAAGUACGAGUACUUAAUUGACGAGCUUGGCGGCACGAAACAAACGGCAAUUUCGUUUCCGGCGUAUUGGUCCUUGGCGCUCGAUACGCGCAUUAAGCCAAGACACCGAUUCAUGGAAGAAUACAACGCCGCGCCAGACCCCUUUCCAAUGAAGCUUUUAGCCGAAAAGGAUGAAGUCUUCGUGAAGAGAGUUCGUGGCGCCAACUUGGACGCGUUUGAAGCGUUCAAGAAGGACAACGUCGAAAGUUACAUCGCCGAGACGCAAAAAAAGAAGCUUUUGCGCUCAAAAGUCGACCACUUGCGAGGAGCGGCAGAAGAAGCGCAAUCGUGCGUCUGGCCGAAUCCGGCAAUGGUGCCACCGAAACGUGUUUUGAGCGAACGCGCCAUGCGCUCGAGAGACUCGUUUCGAAACAUGCGUUCGGGGACGCAACAUCGCGGUCCGCGAUGA